GGGGCUAAACACAAAAAAAUUCACCAGUACUGUACUACGGCACCGCCUCCUCCCUCCCCCUCCCCCUCCUCCUGCUCCCCCACCUCCUCCCUCCACUCCCGAAACCCUCGCCGCCGCCGCCGAAAUCCUCGUCGCGGCGGCGAUCACCGCUCCCCUCGAUGCUAGCGGCGCGAGAGGGUGGCGAAGCGCGGCCUGUCUCUCCCAGGUCCGCGCGCCCGGGGCGGCUCUGAGGGCCCAGAGCUUGUCUCGGCUCCCUGCCAAGCGCAGCCGAGCACCGCGCCGGCGCCGCCUUUCGUCGCCGCUCGCGUGGCAGUUCCGGGCUGUAGGCUGGGCGCUGCUCUGUUCUGGGUCUACUGUAGCGCGGUUGGGAUUUUUAAGGUUCCUAUACUUUGGGGGCGCUGCUGGGUUUAUUGUUCCUUCGUCUUGGGCGCGCAAGAACGACAUUGCUUCACACAAUAAGGCUUCUGGGUACAGUUUGGUUUCCAGAACUCCUGGGGGUUCGAGUGAACCCCCACAUGUGCCACGCCAGAAAAUAAGGAGAAUAAGGCGUCUCUCUUUCAUGGGGCAGCCAGGGACGGAUUCUGUCCUAGGGAAGGAGAGCAACGGCAUUGUCCCUAACCUCAAUGGGGGCGUGUCUGCAGCGAAGCAGCAGUUGGAAGGGAAGGAGGCGUUGCGGUAUGCAAACAUCCUCCGAUCGCGGAAUAAGUUCACUGAUGCUGUCAACUUGUACAACAUUGUUCUUGAGAAGGAGGGCACCAAUGUGGAGGCCCUUAUCGGGAAAGGGAUUUGCCUCCAGGCGCAGAACCUACCAAGACAGGCCAUUGAGUGCUUUACAGAAGUUGUCAAAAUCGAGCCAGGAAAUGCGUGCGCUCUUACACAUUGUGGGAUGAUUUACAAAGACGAGGGUCACUUGGUUGAAGCAGCAGAGGCAUAUCAAAAAGCUCGGACGGCAGAUCCUUCCUACAAACCUGCUUCGGAACUUCUUGCUAUUGUGUUGACUGAUCUUGGAACUAGCUUGAAGCUUGCGGGUAAUACAGAGGAGGGAAUUCAAAAAUAUUGUGAAGCUCUGGAAGUAGACAAUCACUAUGCGCCGGCUUAUUACAACCUUGGAGUUGUUUAUUCGGAGAUGAUGCAAUUUGAAAUGGCUCUUAGUUGUUAUGAGAAAGCUGCACUGGAGAGACCAUUGUAUGCCGAGGCCUAUUGCAACAUGGGAGUUAUCUAUAAGAAUCGGGGAGAUCUAGAAGCAGCAAUUGCCUGCUACGAGAGGUGCUUGACUAUUUCCCCCAACUUUGAGAUUGCUAAGAAUAAUAUGGCAAUAGCACUAACUGACUUGGGAACAAAGAUUGGAAAUCCUCAGGUAAAAAUUGAAGGUGACAUCAAUCAAGGUGUGGCAUAUUACAAGAAAGCUCUGUUCUAUAAUUGGCACUAUGCUGAUGCCAUGUAUAAUCUUGGCGUUGCAUAUGGUGAAAUGUUGAAUUUUGAGAUGGCAAUUGUCUUUUACGAGCUUGCUCUGCACUUCAAUCCUCGCUGUGCGGAAGCGUGCAACAAUUUAGGAGUAAUAUACAAGGAUAGAGAUAACCUUGACAAAGCUGUUGAAUGUUAUCAAAUGGCACUGUCAAUUAAGCCACUUUUCGCUCAGUCACUAAAUAACCUUGGAGUUGUCUAUACUGUUCAGGGUAAGAUGGAUUCUGCUGCAAGUAUGAUUGAGAAGGCCAUACAUGCAAAUCCCACAUAUGCUGAAGCAUAUAAUAAUCUAGGUGUUCUUUACAGAGACGCUGGUAGUAUUACUUUAGCAAUUCAUGCUUACGAGAGAUGCCUUCAGAUAGAUCCUGAUUCACGAAAUGCCGGCCAGAACCGUUUGCUUGCAAUGAACUAUAUCGACGAGGGCUCAGAUGACAAGCUUUAUGAAGCUCACAGGGAGUGGGGAAAACGCUUUAUGAAAUUGUAUCCACAAUAUACAUGUUGGGAUAACACAAAAGUUGCUGAUCGCCCAUUGAUAAUCGGUUAUUUGUCUCCUGAUUAUUUUACUCAUUCUGUGUCCUACUUCAUUGAAGCUCCCCUUACACACCAUGACUACACAAAUUGCAAAGUGGUUGUCUACUCUGGUGUUGUCAAGGCAGAUGCCAAGACACUUAGAUUCAAGGAUAGGGUGUUGAAAAAGGGUGGAUUGUGGAGAGAUAUAUAUGGUAUUGAUGAAAAGAGGGUUGCUAGCUUGGUAAGGGAGGAUAAAGUGGACAUACUUGUGGAACUUACUGGUCACACUGCAAAUAAUAAGUUAGGAACAAUGGCAUGCCGACCUGCUCCUAUUCAGGUUACCUGGAUUGGCUACCCCAAUACAACAGGUUUGCCAACAAUUGACUACCGAAUCUCAGACUCAUUGGCUGAUCCACCUAUUACAAAACAAAAGCAUGUUGAAGAGUUGGUGCGCCUUCCUGAAAGCUUUCUUUGUUAUACUCCUUCCCCAGAAGCUGGGCCCAUUUGUCCAACACCAGCAAUUUCAAAUGGUUUCGUCACUUUUGGGAGCUUUAACAAUCUAGCAAAGAUUACACCGAAAGUAUUGCAAGUUUGGGCCAGAAUAUUAUGUGCAGUCCCUAACUCCAGGCUUGUGGUUAAGUGCAAGCCAUUCUGCUGUGAGAAUAUAAGACAGAAAUUUUUGUCCACACUAGAGGAGUUGGGUUUGGAGUCAUUACGGGUUGAUCUGUUGCCACUCAUCCAUCUGAAUCAUGAUCACAUGCAGGCGUAUUCCUUGAUGGACAUCAGCCUGGAUACAUUUCCGUAUGCUGGCACUACGACUACAUGUGAAUCUUUAUACAUGGGGGUUCCAUGUGUUACAAUGGCUGGUGCUGUUCAUGCUCAUAAUGUUGGUGUUAGCCUGCUCAGCAAAGUUGGGUUGGGGAGGCUGGUUGCCAAAACUGAGGAUGAGUAUGUCAGCUUAGCAUUGGGUUUGGCAUCAGAUGUGAAUGCCUUGCAAGAACUGAGAAUGAGUCUCCGGGAGCUGAUGAUGAAGUCACCCGUCUGUGAUGGAGAGAAAUUCACCCGUGGCCUGGAAGCCGCAUACAGGGACAUGUGGCGCAGGUAUUGUGAUGGAGACGUACCAUCUCUCAGGCGCUUAGAACUGUUAGAGGAACAUCCUGUUGUCAAUAAGCCAGACUCAGACAAGACCUCUGAGAAGCUUGCAGAUCUGAAAGCACAGAGAGCAGGCGUGACUGUGGAGGAAGAUAAGCAGCCCCCAAUAAUGGCAAAUGGUGUGAGAUCGCCCGAUUCACCUGCUCCUGCAAAAUGCGAAGCAAAUGGCAACAGCGGCUAAUGACCAAGAAGACGGCAUGCUCCAUUGAUGCAGACCGAUACUGAUAUACUGUAGGUUGAUUGAUGUGAGUGAUAUCUGUGUUUAGAGGGAGGGAGAGGAGGUAAGCUCCGGGUGUCUGAUUGACACUGUGACUCGUAGGCAAAUGUAAGAUAAUUAAAAUGUGGGUACAAGCUUAUAGAGUUUGAUUUGUAGAGCUUUACCCCUGUGUAGGUUCAUGAUAUGGUAACUUGAGUUGCAGUAUUAGAAACAAAAGGACAAAGGCGCUGGUUGUAUAUGUAGUAGAAAUAUGACAGUGAAACAACUUGAAGAGUCUAUUAACCGAGGCAGUUCCAACAGGA